AGCUGUCACUCCAAAAUAGAACAGUGGGUAGGUUGUAUGUUGGUAACUAUGGUUUGUUCUGUUGCAAAUAAAUGUCAAAACAGCUGAUAAUCUUUCUGGUGCUGUGGUGUUUAGAUAUCUACUUUGGUAGUCUUUGAUCGUUUCUACGAUAUAAACGUAGUAAUUGUAACGUGUUUAAUAAUUAGUACAAGAAACUAAGACCUUCACAAGGUAUACGGGUCAAUGAAAAAUAAAUGUAUGAUUAAUGAGACUUUUAUUAUGACCUGAUAUCCCCACUGAUGUAGGGAUAACCUUAGGUUAUCCUCAGUGUCAUAUUUGGUGUAGAUCGUUUCAGCAUUAUGUCGACAGGAACAAAUCUAGUAGUACCUGUUGUAUUGUGGGGCAAAACUGCUCCAACGCACUGUAUUUCGUGCAUUUUCCUCUCCCGUGAUCAACGAACGUUGGUAACGGGCUGUUAUGAUGGGCAGAUUUGCCUCUGGCAAGUUGAUCCUGACACACUCAAGAUGACUCCACGAUGUCUUCUUGUUGGUCACACUGCUCCAGUUUUGUGUUUGUCUAAAGCUAGCAUUGUACUGGACAAUAAUUUUAUUGUAAGCUCAUCUGAGAGUGGUGAAAUGUGCACUUGGGAUUUGGUGGAUGGAAAGUGUAGAGAAGUUGUGAAGCUACCAUAUGUACACACCAGUAUCCAGGCAUACCAUAUGUGUGGGUGUGAUGAUGUGCGCCUUUUCUGUAAUGGCUAUUAUGCUGAAGUGCUUGUUAUGGACCCAUUCAGCUUGGAGAUUGUGUUUACUCUGGCAUCAAGAGUUAACCCUGACUGGAUCAGUGCACUACAUGUUCUACGGCCAGCAAAGAGGAAAGAUGAUGUUGUGUUAGCCUUGACCACUACUGGUACUGUGAAGGUGUGGACUCUGUUUGGACAGGAAUUGAAAAGCUCAGAACCAUUCUACGAGAAUGAAAGCAAACAGAUUCGUUGUCUCAGUGCUCUUAGCAUGACCUGUUGUGCAUAUAAUCAACGUACUGUGCUCAUUGUUUGCUCGAAGUACUGGCAGAUUUAUGAUGCGGGUGAUUUCUCAGUAUUAUGUUCUGUUAUAUCUCCACGAGGUGAGCGCUGGUUAGGUGGAGACUUUCUAGCUGCUGAUCGUGUUGUUGUUUGGAGUGAUGAGGGGCGAGGGUACAUGUAUAAGCUGCCAGCAAACAAGCUGAAAGGGAAGAUGGUCUCUAGUAGCAUUGCUGACAGCAAGGACUUCCACAGCAAGUCAGUGGAAAAUGACAACCCAUUUUUGUAUUGCUUGCUAGCAGUUCCAUCAGAUAAGCCUCUGUCAUGUCCACCAGCUAUGCGAUAUCAUGUGGUGUCACGCCAGAACAAAAUGUAUAAAUAUUUAAUACGAGGUGAUUCAGAGGGCUGUGUACUGAUUUGGAACAUUCCUGAAGUUACCAAUAGUCAGCUGGCUCAGAUAAAGCAAGAAGAUUUUGCUAAACCACCAGCAAUGCCACCAACUGUGCUUACCAGUUUGGUCAAGGCAUGGGCAGAGAUGAAACCUCCACCUGUAGGAAUACUGGAUCAGUUGGACAGAGGUGACCAGCCAGGAGUGCGACUGACAGCAAGCAUCUACCUUCCUCAGCGAAGUCGGCUGGUUGUGGGACGUGAAGAUGGUUCAAUCAUUAUUGUACCUGCUACACAGACUGUCAUGUUGCAGUUACUGCAUGGAAAGCAUCAGCAAUAUGAUGACUGGCCACCACACCAGCUGCUGUUGGGUCAUGCAGGACGAGUGAACUGCUUGCUGUAUCCUCACCACCUACACCAGCGUUAUGAGAAGUCACACCUUGUGUCUGGUGGUGUUGACUUUGCUGUGUGUCUUUGGGACUUAUAUUCUGGCACUCUUCUCCACAGGUUCUGUGUUCAUGCUGGUGAGAUCACCCAGCUUCUUGUUCCACCAAAUUCAUGCAGUCCACGUAUCCAGAAGUGUGUAUGCAGUGUUGCAAGUGAUCAUUCAGUUACACUUCUGGGACUUACUGAGAGGAAGUGUGUUGUAUUGGCAUCUCGACAUCUGUUCCCGGUUGUCACAAUCAAGUGGCGUCCUUUGGACGACUUCAUGAUUGUUGGUUGCAGUGACGGAACAGUUUAUGUCUGGCAAAUGGAAACAGGUCAUUUGGACAGAGUUCUGCAUGGUAUCAAUGCUGAAGAGGUGUUGUAUGCUUGUGAUGAGAAUCCUGCAGUUUCUAGUUCUGGUGAUGUUGGUCUUGCUAAUCCAGCUGUCCAUUUCUUCCGUGGCCUCCGCCAUCGUAAUCUGUCUGCAAUCAGACAUGCUACACAGCGAGGAUUACACCAAUUACAGCAGUUUCACCAUGCCACCAAUCAGGAUGGUAGUGAUCAACAGAAAAGUCAAGCAUUGCCCCUCAUGAUCCAGGGCCUACGCACAAACCCCAAAGAUCCAGAGUCACACAUAUUGGUCUUUGACAUUGAGGCACUCAUAGUUCAUCUUCUAACUGAAGAAUACAGUACCAUGUCACCUGGUACUUUGGAAGCUCAGGGACUCAUCAACCAAGCAGAGUACCAGAAAGUUGCAGCACUUACACAGUCUGCAUCCCCUGAUGCUCAUAAAAAAAUAGCAGACUUCUUUGGCCGGGUGAAGGACAAGGCUGGCGAUUUGGAACGAACUCUCAAGGAAAAGGACAGGCAUGGAAUCCUGGCCAAAAUGAAGGAAGGCGCAGAAAACGUUCAGACAAAGCUACAAGCACGAGCUGAGAUUGUUGGUUUCAAACCCAUCCAGACUGAUGGAAAAGGAAAUGAAGUGGGUGAUCAGGGUAGUAGAAAAGUGCGUGGUCUGGAGACAAAUGCCACCAUGGAAAUUGCCCAACUUCUUUUGUCACUGCUUCAUGCAUGGGGCAUGGAUCCUGACCUUGAUCGUGUUUGUGAGGGUAAAUUGGGACUGCUUCGUCCAAUGGUACCAGUUUCAUUUGGAGUCCUCUCCAAAGGAGGUUAUAUGAGUUUGUUGUUACCAACGUGGCAAGCAAAAUAUGCUGAUGACCUUGAUGCUGAGAAAUCAGUAAAUACAUCUGGCAAUGCUGCCAACUCCUUGGAAGCUGACUUGCCAGUUGAAUUGGUUCAUUUGGAACGACUAACAAGGCUGUUUACGGCACGUACCCACUGGGAGCUAAGUACUACCUUGACCAGUAAUCAUCUGCUUGCCAUUAUUGCACUUGCCAAUACACUUAUGUCCAUGAAUAAUGCAACAUUUGUUCCUGAGCAGGAACGAACUCGUAAGCUUCAUAGGCAAAGUACUCGUACAGCCCUCAGUUGGGCAACAAAAGCUGAAGAAGAGAGUGAAGAUCUAUUCACAGCACAGCAAGCCCAAAUCAAGCAAGGCUGGAGUCUGCUGGCCACCCUGCAUUGUGUAUUGUUGCCAGACAAAGUUGUCCAGGCUGGCUCUAAGAACUUCAAGAGACCUCAGGUUGAGAUGAUGGCACGAAGAUGGCAACACCAGUGUCUGGAGGUGCGUGAGGCUGCACAAGCUUUAUUACUGGCUGAACUUGGUCGAUUGGGACCAAAAGGUCGCAAAGCCCUGGUUGACAGUUGGGCUCAGUUUUUGCCAUCCUACAGCUCAACAGAUACGCUUGGGUUCCCACCCACUACUCAGCAUCCUUCAUCGCAGACUCUGACUGUUCCAUCAGCCCAACAGGGAGGUGCAGCCCAGCAGAUACAGUCAUCAGGUCAACAGGGCAGCAAUGGUUCAGCUCCUGGUGUACAGACAGAGCAACCACAGCAUGAGGAUGAAGAUGACGAGGAGGAAGAAGGAACAGAGGAAUACUGUGUGCGAAAACCUUGGAGUGUGGCGGAGUUGAAACGUAAGCAGACAACUGCAGUUGUGCUUCUUGGAGUGAUUGGAGCGGAGUUUGGACAAGAUGUGAGCGAGGGCAGCACAAGGCGAAGGGCUAGUGAGGAUCAGAGACGCAAGAGUUCUGUUGUUGAAGGCUUUGGCAUAGGCAAUAAUAAUCUUGCCCGGCUGACAAGUCUGGCUCUUACCUACUUACUCUUGGCACCACCUUCUUCACGCUUACCUGCUCACACACCUCUUCGAAGGGCUGCAAUAGAUUUGAUUGGUCGCGGUUUCACAGUAUGGGAGCCUUACCUUGAUGUAUCAAAAGUUCUUCUUGGGCUUCUGGAAUUGUGCUGUGAAGCUGAUAAACUGGUGCCAAGCAUGACAUACGGACUGCCACUAACACCAGCAGCUGAUUCAUGUCGUACAGCUCGCCAUGCCCUCACCCUUAUAGCUACAGCACGUCCUGCUGCCUUCAUUACCACUAUGGCAAGAGAGGUUGCCCGGUAUAACACACUCCAACAGAAUGCACAGGCCCUGAAUGUGAACCUCAGUAAUUCAGUUCUGCACAGAGCCAAGCCUGAGAUCCUAAGAGGUGUUGAACUUCUCAUUGAUAAAAUGCAAAAUGAGAUGGCUGACCUGCUUGUUGAGGUUGUGGACAUUGUUUUGCAUUGUUUAGACCCUGGCCAUCUUAAAACAAAAGGUCUCGGAGAGGUUUUCCCAGCAGUUUGUAGAUUCAACCAAGUUAGCCAUUGUCCAAGCACACGACGUAUAGCUGUUGGAGCUAAAAGUGGGCAUGUUGCUCUCUACGAAUUACGGUCACAAAAGUGCCAGGUUUCUCUCAAAUACUUGCAGAUGAUCCAAGCCCAUGGGGCGGCCAUUACGGCCAACACAUUCUCACCGGAUGGGAAGUAUCUGUCAACAUACAGCUGUAAGGAGAACCGACUGUCCUUCUGGCAGACAUCCACUGGAAUGUUUGGAUUGGGAAAUUCACAGACACGUUGCAUAAAAUCAUACUCUACUGCACCAAUUGCUGAUUUGUCUCGUCUAAACCCUAUGAGACUGGCACGUCUCAUCUGGAUUAACAACCGAACAGUGUCGCUCAUGUUAGCUGAUGGCUCUGAAACUCGAUUUAAUGUAUAAAACUGUCUCACAUCAUUGAUGCAUUUCACUAACUAGUAUAAUCUCAUUUCAGUCUUUGUAUUUGCUAUGAAUACAUAUACUAGACUGGACAUGGAAGAGAAAUUCUUACUGUAAGCUGUUAGAAAUGUGUAUUUCAGACUGAUGAUACAAAAAUGUAUGUGUAAUUUUCAUCUAUAAAUUGUAGCUGAAAGUAAUGUUAUAAUUUCUUAGGGUUGCUUUCAAUGUAAAAUAUUACAUGAAUACAUUAAUUUAAUCAUUUGCACAGAUUUUAAGAUACUUAAUGGGCAGAUACAUUAAAAAAGAUCAAAAGCAUCAAAUCUGAGUAGAGUUAACAGUAAACAAUGCAGCAUUAUAUUUACCUGUAUUAUUCAUUGGCCUAUAUUUUAGUUGCAAUAUUAGUGUAAAAAUUGGGAGAAAUUUCUCAUAUAACAUUGUUUUGUAUGAUUUGGCAAAAAUUGUAUGUAUUGCUUUUUUCUGUGUUUACACAUAUGUAUUGGCUACUGAGAUAUAUUCAUUUAUCAGAGCUAAUGUUACAUCACAUGUAUUAGAGUUAUUAAACUUAAUAGUUAAAUGUUUAUAACAGCACAGUUUUUAUAACUGUCUUCAAAUAUACCAUCCACUGUUCAGCACAGUCACAGAAAAUAAAUGAUAAGGUGGUGAUAUUUUGCAUGGAAAGUUGUUGAGGGUGUAUGGGUGGACAUUGUGUAGUGAAGAAUGAGUCAGGAAUGCAGUAUUGUGGAGGGAAGAAUAGUAGCAUCAGUAUUAAUCUGAAAUUGAUGUGAAACUGAGUGGAGAAUAGACUUUCAGAUAAUUGUAAUAUAAAUGGAGACAUGAAAAUUAUAUGGAUAAAUAUGGUUUACUUGCUUCCAAAUGGUUUCUUGUAGAUAUACAAAUGACUGAAGUGCAUUUGAUGUCUGUAAGCUGAAAUACAGUUUAUAUAACUUACUUUUUACUUUUCUUGAGGAGGUUGCCAAUAAUUGAUUGAACGAUUGCCCUUUUCAGUAAAAUUGUUAAAAUACAAAAGUAUUUGUUACAUUUUUCCUUGAAACUGCUUUCAUCUGUCAUGAAGUUUACCCCAUUAUUAAACAGUACUACAGGUGAAUUUGUUACACCAAUGUAAAAAUUAAGAAAUAGCACAGACCUAAAUGUGUAUUGUGCAGACACAAACAUUAUCAGUUUCUUGCAAGUCCGAUUAUUAGCCAAGUCUGUUCUGAUGUAGUGGGUGGAAAACUUUCUUUGUAACCACUUACAAAACUGUAUGGUGUCACAACCCAGAAGAACACAAUCUGAGAUUCUUACAAAAUAGUUUCAUUAGUUUAUUAUCAGAUGUUACUGAUGGUACUGCAUACUGAUUCAUGGGGUUGCCUUUGAUAUUGAACUUAGAAAUAUGUGAAAUGCAGGAACCUGCCAACAAUAAUUUGCCAAAUAUUUUAAAGUAUCUUGGAUAGGAUUAUAAAUACUUUAGGGUAACUUACAUGGGUAUAUAGAAAUGUGUAUUUUGCUGCGUACAUAAAUGUCACAAAACCAUUACUGAACAAACUACUGUGUGAUAAGUAGUAUGUACAAACAUGACUUAGGACCUUGAGAAUAUGGUACAUAUUCCUUUUUAAGCAAGAGAUGUACUGUAGAUGUUCAUAUUUAUGUUAUGUUAAAUAUUCUUAUAUACAGAUGAUGAUUAAUCAAAAUGUAAACUUCUAUUAGACCAUCGCUUAGAUGUUUUAUGUAUGCCCAGUUAAAUUAAGUAUAAAAUGAAAUGCAUGCAAUAUCCAACAAUGCUGGUAGAGUUGUUCAGAAUACUUACCAGCCCAUUACAUGAUUCCAGAUGUUUGAAAUUUGUGAAUUCUUUUGUGAACAUUUUAAAUUCUGUGUUGUAAUAUAGUAUGUUAAUUGUGUACAUAUCGAAUUGAUCUAGAAGUGCUAUGUGCAGAAUGAAAUAAUGUACUGUGUUUCAUUUUAGUUCUAUUAUAACUAGAACAUUAUGAAUAAUAAAUUAUUCUUGGGCUAACAUACAGAUGGUUGAAAAGUGAACAAACCAUCUGACAUGGCUGGUAGCCCAAGAAUAAUUUAUUAUACUUAGUCACCAUGAAAGCUCCAGAUCAUGCAAAAACAUUAUGAAUUAUAUAAAUAUUGUGGUCUUCCAGGUUGUGACACAUUGUAGUCUAAUAGGUGGUACAUGGUUACCACCUACAAGACUGUAUGAUGUCACAACUCAGAAGACUACAAUCAAUAUCAUUAUUUUAAUAUUAUUAAUUAUACUUACACAGAAAAUAGUUUAACCCUCUGCUAUGCAAUUUAAAUUCACUUGACCAGUCAGUUUAAAUUGCUAUUAUAUACUUUGCUUUACUCGUUGGACAUGUAAAAAUGUUAAAUUAUAUGCAACAACGUUCCUGGAAGGAUACAACUUUAAUUUACAAGACCCAUGUGCUGGGCUGUGUGCAACUCAGUACUGAUAUGUUUCAUUCAGCAGAACACCAGAAUACAUCAAACAUCAUGUUUUCUUUUAUGUACCCAUUUUGUAGGAUGGAUUGUGGUUUUGUAGUCUCCCAGCACUCGUUAAUACAUAAUGUUAGUGUUUCUUGGA